AUGUCUUUCCUCGGCUUUGGAAGACCUCAACCCUCCUCAGAGGAGAAGAUCGCAGCCGUUGAGGCUGAGAUGAAGCUUCUGACCCAGAUGCACGACCGUCUCACAAAAGCGUGCGCAAAGAAGUGCGUCCCUAAUGAAUACCGAGAAGCCGAGCUCAACAAGGGUGAAAGCGUCUGCCUCGACCGAUGCGCUGCCAAGUUCUUCGAUGUACACUUGAAGGUCUCUGAAUUAUUACAGCAGGAGAUGCAACAAAAGGGUGCCGGUGGUGGCAGUGGAUUUGGCUUUGGCGGUUAG